AUGAAUUUAUACUAAACUUACGGAUCAACGAGGAUCGAAAUUCUAAAGUUGUGAUUGGUUGAGCCGGGGAUAUUGAGAGUACAUUAUUUUCGAAGUCUUUGUGCAUUGUUCUCAAGUGAGUUUCGAUUGGUGGCUUGUGAUCCGAAUGUCAUCAAGCUUCAGCUAUAAAUACUGAAAUGCGAACGUUUUUCGCUAUCUUCAAACGAAAUCUUAGUUCAGAAGAAAUCUUCCUUCAACAUGUCUGGUCGCGGUAAAGGCAAAGCAAAGGGCACCAAGUCCAAAACUCGUUCAUCCCGUGCAGGGCUUCAGUUCCCCGUCGGUCGUAUCCAUCGUCUCCUCCGCAAGGGCAACUAUGCUCAACGCGUCGGUGCUGGUGCUCCAGUCUACAUGGCUGCAGUUCUUGAGUACUUGAGCGCUGAAAUCCUCGAGUUGGCCGGUAACGCUGCCCGUGACAACAAGAAAAGCAGAAUCAUCCCCCGUCACUUGCAGUUGGCUGUCAGAAACGACGAGGAGUUGAACAAGCUUCUUGGUGGAGUAACCAUUGCUCAAGGUGGUGUGCUGCCAAACAUCCAAGCUGUUCUUCUACCCAAGAAGACCGAGAAGAAAAGUUCUUAAGCUGUAAAACAGCAAAGUUCUCAAACAACGGCUCUUUUAGGAGCCACCAAAUUUACUAAAAGAGAUGAUCGUAUAUGCUUAUACAUCAGAAUUAUAUAACUUUCCAUACAGACCUUUUUCAUACGUAAACACACAUUUCCAGAAAUAAGUUAACUUUAACUGAACAGCGACAAAGGAAAAUUCUCUUGACCCACAAAUCUAUACUUUUUCAUCCAUCCCAUUUAUAGCUAUUUCCAUGCAGACCUUUUUCACAAAUUUAUACUUAGUCGAGUGAUGGCUCCAUUACUAUGAUAAGAAGGGUGCCUUUUUCAAAACUAAUGCCAUAAACUACAUAAGCAUUUGAGACAACAGUUUCAAAUCUUCUUGGCGCCCAAAUUAUUCGAUGUCAGAGUGAAGAAAGGAAGCAACAACCAUUAUUAUUUUUCAUGUAUUAUUGUAAGUUGUGUGCAUAUAAAUUCAAGCAUAAUGAAUUAAUAACAUUUUUAUCAUGUGGUGGCUCUUAAAAGAGCCGUUAUUUUGAUACAUUAGGUUAUCAUUUAGCCGCCAAAUCCGUACAGGGUACGUCCUUGGCGUUUCAACAACCAUUAUCGUCAUUCCGGUAGGAAAGUGACGUUUUCAAAACUGUAUGCCAUAAACUAUAUAAGCAGCAUAAGACAACACUGAUCUUGGCGCCAAACCUAUAUAAAGGCUUUAAUAGUAAUGAAAAAAAGCCAAACCUAUUAAGGCUUAGUCGAGAGUCCGAAGAUAAAAAUUGUAAAGAUUGUAAGAUUAGGAGGCAAAUAACUAUGACAAUGUCAGUUGAAUCAAA